GUAAAGAAAUGAAACGUCACCAGCACAAAUUAAGUAUUUAUCGUGUAUAUUAAUUGCUGAUCAAGUUAAAAAUGUCGAUGUAAUAUGUUAGUAGGAACGUGCGAAGGCAAACAACUUGUUAUGUGUAAUCCGCUGUGCUAAUUAGACAAAAACUGUUGUGUAUUUGACAGUUGUCAGAUUCGGUGACAGCUGGACAUAACCUGUCAGCAUUGUCAGAUCAUUUGGACAUUUAAUAACAUUAAAAUGUUUUGGUGCAGUGCAGUAGUGAAAUUUGUUUUUGUUUGUUUGUGUUUUAGUGGUGUACAGGCAACACAUUUGCAAGGAAAAUUUAGGACUGAUGAGUUCUUUAAGUUCCUUGUCAAGUUUGGUUUCCAGAAGACUGAAAGACAUGAGAGGGAAACCACACACGGCUAUAUAUUUGGUAACAUAACAGCCAGACACAACUUCUCUGUGCCUGUGACAUUAGCAGUGCUGGAUAGGUCACUGUUCUUAGAGUACUAUGAGAACCGUGUGAUCUACAACAAGAAGGAAGCAUGUAAGAGGAUGUUCAAUAAGCUCAGUGUUAAAGCCUUUGAUGCUAAAUGCAAUCCAAAAGGCAAUGAUUACCUGAGAAAAGUGCCUUGUCCAAAAGGUGGACUCUGCUUAGAUGAGGAUACUGCUUGGAAUGUGGUGAAAGGAAACCAGUUCACAUAUGUGAUACAAGACUUGAAGCAGCCAUCAUUCUGGUAUAUUUCAUUCGUUGCCUGCCAUUUGAAUGAUAAAUGUGAGUGGACUAGUAAUGAAGGCCAUGGGCACCAGGAGUUUGACUAUGAUAUAUGGUUGGUCAAUGGUAACCCAAACACUACAUUCAGUAGCUUGAGCUACCAAUUCUCUUUUGACCGCCAGAACACUUUGGAAUUGUACCUGUUGUUCUGGUUUUGCUAUAUGGUUUUAGUGCCAUUGCAAUUGCAUGCUGUACGAAUCCAGAAACAUCCAGUGACCAAGUUGUUCACAGCAAGUUUGCUUUUGGAUUUUGUUGCUCUGUGCUUCAUCCUUAUUCACACACUGAAAUUUUGUUUGGAUGGCAUAGGAUAUCCUAAAUUGUCAAUGGCUGGUGAUAUUUUUGAUAUUUUAUCAAGGACUUCUUUUAUGCUGUUAUUGCUCCUUUUGGCAAAGGGGUGGGCUGUGACCAGAAUGGAAUUGACUUGGAAACCAUUGGUUUUUGCUAUUUGGCUGUGUUAUGGUGUUGUGCACAUUCUGCUGUAUGUAUGGAAUUUGACUGAAGUUGAUAUUAUUGAAGACAUCGAUGAGUAUCAGACAUGGCCUGGCUGGUUGAUAAUAGUGUUCAGAUGGCUGAUUAUGAUAUGGUUCCUGUACGAACUGAGGACCACAAUGCUGUACGAGCACAACACGCAGAAGUUGAACUUCCUUCUUCACUUCGGAGCAUCGAGCCUCGUAUGGUUCAUCUACCUACCAAUACUCGCGCUAAUUGCGCUUCACGUCUCCGCUCUCUGGAGGUUCAAAUUGCUGCUAGGGAUCACCUACUCUGCAGAUUGCUUCGCCUAUUGCGUAAUGGCUCAUCUCCUUUGGCCGACAAGGUCUGAGCAGUACUUCCUACUUGCUGGACCUUCGGUGGCCGACAGCGAAGAGUUGGACGAGUUUAACGAGGCUCCGCACAUAGUGAACAACUCCUACACUUCAUUGAGCAGCAUGAGCACUCUGGAAAUAGGGAGGUACGAAGAUCCGGCCAAGACCAACGCCUGAAUGACUAUUACUACUAUAACUACUCAUCCUAUUGAACCGCAACUAUGUAAUCACGUUUAGGAUGGUUUGUAUAUAUUCGAUUAACCAACGUUUAAUUGCGUUGCGGCUGCUGUUGAAAUUCUUCUUUCAUUUUCGUCCAGAUGGUCUGUGUUCUUCGGCACAAACGUGCGUGAAUCGCGUAGUCAAUAUUUUUCUAACAGCCUGUAAAUAGAAGCUGCUGUCAUUUUUAUCAUCAAACCUUGCACGUUUCCCUUCACCAUCAACAAAAUUAUCCCAACUAUUAUAUUUUUUUUAGCCAUAUUAUCUUUUAUCAUACGAUUAUGUUCUAUUAAUUGCUCAAAUAUCGGACGGAAUCUUAGUUAAACUAAGAUUAUCGUUACGAUCCACUUUUUUUGUUUGGUUUGACGUGCUAACUUUUUAUAUCGAUAUUACAUUAGUGCACAAAUAUUCAGUUUUAUCAAAUAAUCUAUAAUUAUUAGUAAUACGUAAGAUAAGAGGAUAAACUGUUUAGAUCGCGAGGCUUUUCCGUUGAAAACUUCAAAAAAAUAAUUUAAUUCGAACGUGUUUCACUGGGUUAAUGAUUUUUUUAUAAAUGUAGAUUUAAACAAAAAAUUACGGGAAAGCGAAAAUUGAGUAUGUUGGCAUAGAAAGUGAGAGCUCAAAAACUGGUUUUCGGUUUUGUAUCCAUUGAUGUGAUGUGAUAUUAUUUUAAUGUUAAUUAGUGUUUAUUUAAUUAUUAUAUCUUAUUUUGUAUAUAAACCAGGAGACAUUAAUCAACACAAUUACAUUUUCCAUCUAAAUCAGUAACCAUUUUCUUUUAGUCAUACGAAUGAUCAUAUUAAUACAGUAAUUAAUUUUAGUAUUUUGACUAUUAACAAUAACUAUAUUGAACUAAUUUAAGAAACUAACAGUUAGUAGCAACUGGAUGGAUAGAUAUGUUUUUAAACUUGUAUUGUUUUACACAUUAUGACUAUUAAAUCAUUUUAAUUUUAUAGUGGAAAAGCGAAUGGUGUUGGUGAUGUUUGUUGGUUUGGCAUGAAUGUAUUAUACCUACUUAUAGAGACAUAAUUUAGUGAAUAUUUUGGUUUUAAGUAUUGAGGAAUUUCAAUGAUAAUCUGUGAACAUGCCCCAAUAUGAUGAUGAUGAUUAAUAUAUGUGAUUAGACUGAGUGCAGCCAAUGAAUGAAUACGACGAUGAUUUGUGUAUAGGAAUUUUUUUGCCAAAUUUUAACAAACAAAAAUAUCUCAAAGCCAUAUUUUUCUAAAAA